AUGCAUUUCUGGAAGGCAUUUAUUGGAGUUCUGGCAUUGCUCACUUUCACCAGUGCUUAUCCAAUGGGAGGAGGAAUGAUGGCUGGUAUGGGUGGUGACAUGCAUGGUGGAAUGCACAUGCCUCGACCUUAUGGUUUUGGCUACAACGCGAGAGACAUGUUCGGGAAUUCACAUUACAGAAACGAACAAGGUGAUGGAAGUGGGACUGUCAGAGGAGCUUACGGGUAUACGGAUAAUCAAGGCCUCUUCAGGAUGGUCAACUAUGUGGCUGGAGCAGGAGGAUUCCAAGCCAAUGUUCAGACGAAUGAGCCCGGUACAAAUCGCCACAGUCCAGCUCAUGUGGUUAUGGCCUCACAGCAUCCACCACCAAUGAUCCAAAGUGUACAUGGCAUGGGAGGUAUGGGUAUGGGAGCAGGGAAAAUGAUGCACUAA